CAAACGGGGGGAGGGGAUUGCGGCAUGAAUUUGCACUGCCAAAUCUGUUGUGUUAAAAUCAACUCUUUUUAGUAUUAUGCCAUGACCACAUCACAGGGUGUUACUUUGCAGUGUGACCUAAUUCCUCAAACUGUUCUACAAAAAGGGCCAGGAUGUGAAGAAAGCCGCGCGACCAGGUCCGCUGAAGUACAUGUAUAGUUCACGCUUUACAUAUUAUGCUAGUGACGUGUAGACACAAAACAGUCGUCGAGUAGGUAAUAAACAACUCGCGCACUUGCUCAAAAUGGCGGCGUCCAGGAGACUUUAAGAUACACUCUCUCGGGCUUAUUUUAACAGAAAUUUGUCACCAUGACGAAGCCAAAGGUGAAACAAAAGAAGACUGAAAAAAGUAAAGAGUCUCCAGCAUCAGGGGCUGCUGUAGAACCAAAGAGUGGUCAGACACCACCAGCAGCUAGUCCUGAUACCGUCCCCCAGCAGAGUACAGGAGGUAGCAGUGCUAAGGUGUCUACACAGAGGGUCAGUUUUGCUGCAGAAAUACAGAGCAUGAUGUAUGCUCUUGGAGAUUGCCGACGCCCACAGCUGGAAUCAGCUGAACUUAUUGAGGACAUCCUGCGUCAACAGUUGAUCAGCCUGUUGCAGCGGGCUGCUGACGUCUGCUACAUGCGCAAUGCUCGCUUCAUCAGCAUUGAAGACUUCAUUUUCUUGAUGCGCCAUGACCGUGACAAGCUGCGACGGUUGUUGCAAUUCCUACAUCACAGAGAUCAACGGCAGAAACUGGCCAAGAUGAUGGGCACAUCAGGCGAAGAUGAGGAGCUCACGCCAGGGGAUCUGGAUCAGAAAGCAUUCUGCCGACGCCAAAAGAUUUCUUACGACUUCCUGAGCACCAUCGACCAAUCAGGGGAGUUGUUGUCACUGCUGGAUAAUGAUGAGGCCGAUCCAGUCAAGAUGGAGAGAUUGGAACGAGCUGAGAUGAGGACACGAUAUAUGGACAGCAACACGUACAAGGAGUUUACUGAGGCUCGCCAAGUCAACUUCUCUAAGAAGGGAUCCAAAUUCAAGGAGUGGUUGGACUACUCGUCUUUGGAACCUAAACCCAACCCUUUUGCUUUGGAGAUCAUGCAGUACCUUGCGUAUGAGACUGUAGCUCAGCUUGUGGAGCUGUCCUUCAUCGUUCGCAGGGACAUGGCAGCCGCCCCUUGGGACCCUCUCACCAAAACCUCCGCCCCUUUGUGCUCCAAUAACCUUCCCUCUCCCGGCCCCUUCCUUGGUAAAUCCAAACCUUCCCCCUCCUCUACGCCCCUCCAAUCUCCCACCUCCUCGCCCACCUCCCCUAACGGCAAAAUGGUAUCUCCCUUUCUGUCCUCCAGCGGAGCAGGGGGUGCUGCGAUGAACGUUUCCCUGAAUAGCAACUCGUCGGAUGGUUCAUUCCAAGCACAGGGGGACUCUAAGACCUCUGGGCAUGGAGGGGGCUUGUCAAAGUCGAAAUCCAAGAGGAAAAAGAAGCCAAGUGGCUCGUCCCUGUUAGCGCUGGUCCAGUAUCGUUCCAUUAAACCACUUCAUGUCCGUGAGGCAUACAGGAGGCUUCAGGAGAGUUCCACGCCCAUGGCAGCAUUCUGUAAAUACACAAGUCAUGCAGACAAGGUGAAAUAUCUGGCUUGCUGACACCAACAGCAUCAUUCAAGAGGAUAGCAUCUACCUUGAGUAGAAGGGUCAACAGAGAGGUCAAAUGUGUUGUCAGUAGAAUAGGAUUUUCCAAGCUAUCUUUGUCAAUGCUGUUUGUAUUUUUGUAUAGGUUUGUUAUUUAAUUAUUCAACAUGUAUUUGCUUUCCAGAAAAAGUGCCUUCAGUCUUUUAUUCGAGGUCUACGUUUAGGAUUAUAAAUAUAAUUUUUCAUCCGAAAAAUGCACAAAAACAAUCCAAUCUGAGUAAUUUCAAAAAUCAGA